GGAAGCAGCCGGAGCACAAAGCCCGGAGCAGCUGCUGCUCCCCCCAUGGGAUCCGUGCUGGGGGAGGAGGGAGCCCGGCAUUAACCCCUCCGUGCCCGGCCGGGGGGACUUUCCCCAGCCCGGACCAGCCCCGGGCUGCAGGUGUUGAGAUGGAAAGUGAGACCGAGCAGCAGACUCCUCAGGAGGGAGAUGCUGAGUCAGUGGAAACGCAGGGGGUAUCACUGCAAAAAUCCAAAGGGAAGGAGCCCGUGAGUCAUGACCAGGGAAAUGGCUGUGAGAAACAGCUUAGACCAGAGAGGCAGAAGGGAAACAAGCCAGGGAAGAGAGUGGGUAAAUCCGUCAAUUGUUGGGAAACGCACAAAGACCUCAAUGAAACCCCAGCCCGGCUGAGAAUCUUCACGGAAGAGAGAAAAAACACAUGUAUCAAGUGUGGGAAAAACUUCAGUAAACGUUCAGGCCUUAUUAACCAUGAGAGAAUCCACACAGGGGAGAGACCCUAUGAAUGCCGUGAGUGUGGGAAAAACUUCCCUCGGAGCUCAGCCCUCAUCAUACAUCAGAGAAUGCACACGGGAGAGCGACCCUACGAAUGCUGUGAGUGCGAGAAAACCUUCAGUAACCACUCAGACCUCAUUCGACACCAGAGGACUCACACAGGGGAGCGGCCCUAUGAAUGCAGUGAGUGUCGGAAAACCUUCAGUUACCGCUUGGCCCUUACUGAACAUCAACGAAUCCACACGGGGGAAAGACCCUACGAAUGCUGUGAGUGCGGGAAAAGCUUCAGUUACCGCUCAGAUCUUAUUAGACAUCAGAAAACCCACACGGGAGAGAGACCGUACGAAUGCUGCGAGUGCGGGAAAAACUUCACUGACAGAUCAGCCCUUAUUAACCACCAGAGAAUUCAUGUGGGAGAGAGACCCUACGCAUGCUGCGAGUGCGGGAAAAGCUUCAGUUACCGCUCAGACCUCACUACACAUCAGCGAACCCACACCGGAGAGCGACCCUACGCAUGCAGUGAGUGCGGGAAAACCUUCAGGCAGAGCUCACACCGCAUUCGACAUCAGAAAAUCCACACGGGCGAGAGACCCUAUAAAUGCUGUGAGUGCGGGAAAAGCUUUGCUGACAGCUCAGUCCUUAUUACGCAUCAGAGGAUCCACACGGGUGAGAGACCCUAUAAAUGCUGCGAGUGCGGGAAAACCUUUGCUGACAGCUCAGCCCUCAUUAGACAUCAGCGGAUCCAUACAGACGAGAGACCCUAUAAAUGCUGCGAGUGCGGGAAAGGUUUCCAUCAGAGCUCAACCCUAACUAGCCAUCAGAGAAUCUGCAAAGGCGAGAAACACCCUGAAAACCUUGGCUAGGGCCAACAAAAGAUAUUUUUUUCAUAAUUCCCAUUUGGCACCAUUUGAGUCACUGUGGCCCCACAGCUGUCCCAGGUGAUUUGCCUGCUUUUGCCUUUUGCAGUUCAACCUUUGGGGUUAAUGCCAUGGUCCUUUCUUUCAGCCUUCUUUUCCUAAGAAUAAGCCCCUUCGUUUUCAGUUUAAACCGAAUUUUAACCGAACAAAUCCCAGGUUCUACAAAAAGUAUUAUUCUUUUCUGUCUUUUCCGAUUUUCCCCCUACUUUUGUAGCAUUCGGAUAUAUAAAACUAACUUGUUUUAUUAGGAAAAUACAAGACAUGGUAUGAGCGAGACGUAUUACGAUAGUAUGAGUGUGUGUGUAUACACAAAGCUGCCCGUUGAAGGAAAGCUCUGUAUUCGUCUAGGAGAGACAUGCACUAAACAACCAGCGCACACAAGCUCUGAUGUACGUGCACAUCUGACCGUACUGGUGAAUCUCACGCCCAUCACCUUCCCAUGCCAAGCUGUUAGCAGGUAACGGUUUAAAGAUCUGGCAUGCUACAAUGGGAAGGCAAUGAAAAUCCGCCUCAGAAUACAUU